GCCAUGAAUCCUGAAUAUGACUACCUUUUCAAGCUGCUUCUGAUUGGAGAUUCCGGAGUGGGCAAGUCCUGUCUGCUGCUGCGCUUUGCGGAUGACACGUACACAGAGAGCUACAUCAGCACCAUUGGGGUGGACUUCAAGAUCAGGACUAUUGAAAUGGAGGGGAAGACUGUGAAGUUGCAAAUCUGGGACACAGCUGGUCAAGAGAGAUUCCGAACCAUCACGUCCAGUUACUACAGAGGGGCCCAUGGCAUCAUAAUCGUCUAUGAUGUAACUGAUCAGGAGUCCUUUAACAAUGUGAAGCAAUGGUUGGAGGAGAUUGAUCGUUAUGCCUGUGAGAAUGUUUCCAAGCUGCUGGUGGGGAACAAGUGUGAUCUGGCUUCCAAAAAAGUUGUGGACUUCACCACCGGAAAGGAAUUUGCCGUGUCACUUAAGAUUCCAUUCCUGGAAACAAGUGCAAAGAAUGCCAACAAUGUGGAAAAGGCUUUCCUGACAAUGGCAACAGAAAUCCAGAAGCGCCUGGGCAGCAGUGGCGUUCAGAAUGAGGCAGCUAGAGUCAGCUCUAAAAUCAACAGCGCUCCCCUGUGGCCCGGAGGAGAGAAGGCAGCAGCAGAGGAAGUCAACUCUUGCUGUUGA